CGCUAGUAGUAUUCUAUGGACAUAGAUCCCGUAUAUGGUGUACUAUGAUAGCUGUAACCUUUUAUCAUAUUGGUGCUAUCCUCUGGUAAGGGUGUUGUCCAUUAGUACGAAAGUGUAAAAAUAAGCCUUAUAUGUUAUAACAACUUGCAUGUAACUUUUUGCUUAUAUUUAGAAGUAUUAGGCAUAGAUCCUCAGGUACUUACCUCAUGAUAACAUAUUUCCAAUUAGUUUGGGUUAUCCUCUGAGAGAGGUGUUGCCAAUACUUGUUGCUGUCUUUUUAGUUAUUUUGCAUGGAUCCCCUCCUAUAUCCAUGGUAGCAGAUUCCUGUGUAAUCACAGGGCUACCCACUGGCUUGGGGUGUUGCCAAAUAACUUUGCUAUAACUAUAUUUAAGGUUAUUAUCAUUGCGUUGUUAGCAACCAAUGUGAGCUGGCCAGCUUUUUCUAUGUGUUUUUUACAUUUUGAAACACUUGAUUUUUAUUCGCACUUGUAAUAAAAUUCAUUUAUUAACUACCCCACAGCACCAUUCCUUGGCCCCAGGAUAAAGCCCCGGGAGGAAUCAGAUCUAACAGUGUACUCGCCACUGACUUAAGUGCUAGCAGGCUUAUCAGUACUGGUCACAGCACAGUACCACGGUCUCCGGUAAGCGCAUUACCUUUCUGCUUGUCGUAUUAUCCUUUGUAAAACAAUAUUACGCUAUGUGGCGCCCUCUCCAUUUCUCUUCUUAAACAGUGCCAUCCCUGCUCUCUGGGAACAAGAGGAGCUGCCUACACAGGAACCCUUUGAUUAAAAAAGACCACCAGACCGAUAUAGGACUGCAACCAUCUCUUUUUAGACUCGUUAUUUGAAUGAGACACACUUGGCGAGAACGGAUUGGUUUAAAAAUGGAUGGGGAAAUGGCUGAUGCCAUUAUGGAGGAUACGGAGACCUUUAUGAAGCGUAAAGAGACAAAGACUUAUCAGAGACGCCGUGAGGGCUGUGUUGAAGAUGAUGGCUGUGUUAUUGUGCACACCCAGGCAGAUGUGACUGAAGUGGUGCAUGAUGUGAAUAGCAAUGUUCAAAUGGUGAUGAUGGAGCAGCUUGAUCCUACACUUCUUCAAAUGAAAACAGAAGUAAUGGAAGGUGUAGUGUCUCAAGAUGGAGAUCCCACAGUGGAUGAUACACAGAUUAUUACAUUACAGGUUGUCAAUAUGGAAGAACAGCCUAUUAACCUUGGAGAGCUGCAACUUGUCCAAGUUCCAGUGACUGCUGUAGGUACUGCUGGUGAGCUUCAUGCAGCCUAUGAAAAUGAGAUUGGUAAGGACGGGCUACAAGGAGAGCCUAUGAUCUGUCAUACUUUGCCACUUCCAGAGGGCUUCCAAGUAGUCAAAGUAGGUGCAAACGGUGAAGUGGAAACUCUAGAGCAAACAGAGCUGCAGCCCCAAGAAGAUCAAGAGUGGCAAAAGGAUCCAGAUUUUCAGCCUCCAUUAAAAAAAAUAAAGAAAACAAAGAAGAGUAAAUUGCGCUACACUGAAGAAGGGAAGGAUGUUGAUGUUUCAGUGUAUGAUUUUGAAGAGGAGCAACAUGAGGGAUUGCUGUCUGAUGUUAAUGCUGAGAAAGUUGUGGGGAAUAUGAAACCCCCGAAGCCAACAAAAAUUAAAAAGAAAGGUGUUAAGAAGACUUUCCAGUGUGAGCUGUGCAGCUACACUUGCCCAAGACGCUCAAAUCUGGAUCGUCACAUGAAAAGUCAUACUGAUGAAAGGCCUCACAAGUGCCACUUGUGUGGUAGAGCAUUCAGAACUGUUACUUUGCUUAGGAACCACCUCAAUACUCACACAGGUACACGACCUCACAAGUGUCCAGAUUGUGACAUGGCUUUUGUUACCAGUGGCGAGUUAGUCAGGCAUCGUCGUUAUAAACAUACACAUGAGAAACCUUUUAAGUGUUCUAUGUGUGACUAUGCCAGUGUGGAGGUAAGCAAACUUAAACGUCAUAUUCGCUCUCACACUGGGGAGCGUCCUUUCCAAUGCAGUUUGUGCAGCUAUGCCAGCAGAGACACUUACAAACUAAAGAGACACAUGCGGACUCACUCGGGUGAAAAGCCUUAUGAAUGCUACAUCUGCCAUGCACGCUUUACCCAGAGUGGAACCAUGAAGAUGCACAUUUUACAGAAGCACACUGAAAAUGUGGCAAAAUUUCAUUGUCCACACUGUGACACUGUCAUUGCAAGAAAGAGUGACUUAGGGGUCCAUUUGCGGAAGCAGCAUUCCUACAUUGAGCAGGGCAAAAAAUGUCGCUAUUGUGAUACCGUAUUCCAUGAGCGUUAUGCAUUGAUACAGCACCAGAAGUCUCACAAGAACGAGAAGAGAUUUAAGUGUGACCAGUGUGAAUAUGCCUGCCGGCAGGAGCGUCACAUGAUUAUGCACAAGCGGACUCAUACCGGUGAGAAGCCAUACGCCUGUAGUCAUUGUGAUAAAACGUUCCGCCAGAAACAACUCCUGGACAUGCAUUUCAAAAGAUACCAUGAUCCCAGCUUUGUUCCUGCAGCCUUUGUGUGUUCAAAGUGUGGGAAAACAUUUACUCGAAGGAAUACAAUGUCUCGGCAUGCAGAUCAUUGCACAGGACCAGAUGGUACAGAUGGUGAAAAUGAAGGUGAAUGUGAAAUAGUCCAUAAAAAAGGAAAACGGGGUCGUAAGAGGAAAAUGAGAUCCAAGAAGGAGGAUUCAUCUGAUAGUGAGGAAAAUGCUGAUCCAGAUCUGGAUGAUGAUGAUACAGACGAGGAUGAAACAACGGUAGAAAUAGAAGCUGUGCCAGAGCCAGAAGACACUCUGAGUCCUGUUCCCCCUCCUGCUAAGAAGCGUAGAGGAAGACCCCCAGGGAAAACCAAUCAGAUAAAGCAAAAUUUUAUUCAAGUAGAAGAUCAGAACACUGGAGCCAUUGAGAACAUCAUUGUCCAAGUAAAGAAAGAGGCUGACCUAGAAGCAUUGGAGGCUGUGGAAGUUGCAUUACCACCCUCUAUAGUGGAAGCUCCAAAUGGAGAUCUCACACCGGAAAUGAUACUCAGCAUGAUGGACCGGUGAUGCUGGACUCACUAAACUUGCUGACUGAACUAGCUUGAGCUAUGUUUCAAUGGCUCACCUCUAUUUUAUGGGAUUUGUUUAUUUUAUUUUUGUUGCAUUGGGAAGUUCAUUUUUAAAGACCUAUUUUACCAUAUCUAUAUACAAGGAAGAAAAAGACUUGGGGGAACAGAUGGCUGAUUUGCUUUAGUGUUUGCCAACAAGCAAUUAUGGACGUUUGGAAUUUACCAGUAGUUUUGUGCUGUUAGUGAUUUCACAUAAAUAAGCAUUUAACAUUGGUUGUUGGACAUGUUCUGCUUGGACUUAUCAACCGUGAAAUCUUGAUGGUAAGAAUUAUUUCCACAGUGAAGAAUGAAGAGGCUAAUUUCACAUUACCCAAUUGUUUCUUUAGAUGGUAAUGCUUGUCCCUAAUAUUAGGUUUGGCACUCAAAUUUCCGCCAUUUGGAGUCCAGAUUAAAUAUACCAUUUGCCUAUUAAUUUUGCUUCAAUUGCUGUAUAUGUGUAUUAGGGAGCAUUGUGUAAUAAUAAUAAUAAAUAUAUAUAUAUAUAUAUAUAUAUAUAUAUAUAUAUAUAUAUAUAUAUAUAUAUAUAUAUAUAUAUAUAUAUAUACACACACACACUUUGUUCCCAAGUAGCCAAAAUCUGAUUGGUGUUAAUAAUAAUUGGUGUUCACCAGUAGUAUGUUUAGCAUGCUUUGAACUUUAAAAAAAAAGACAAAAAAUUGCUUUGUGUAAAAUCUGAAAACAAAGACUUUGUAAAUAUUUUUUUUAUAUUUUAAUCUUUUUCUAUCAAGAAGUUGAAUGAGGGUGGAAAUUCAGUGAGAAAAUUAAAUUUUAAUUGCUGGCAUAUUAAGAUAUUAAAUGUUAAGGCAACAAUGAAUAUUGGAAAAAAUAGAUCACAAGUUAACUUAAAAUCAUAGAUAUUUUUUAUGACACCCCCCCCCCCCCCCAAAUUAAUUUGUUAGCUGUAAAUGGACUUUUAAAUGCUGUACAUAAUAAGGAAAUGUGUAGACAUCACGAAGCAGUACUAUUACAGUGGCUGGCAGAUGAUACAGUCUAACCUAGCCUACACACAAUGCGUCUAACUUUUAGAUUGUAUUUUUCUUUCUUUCUUUAAAAACAAAACAUAGGAUUAAUGUACUGAAAGUGAAAUCCGGUUAUGAUAUGUUCAAAGUCUUGGUUUAUCUAUAUAAUUUUAUAUAUGUUUUUUUUUUUUUUUUUUUUUUUAAUAGGCUUUUAUUCUAGCUAACUUAAUUUGUUUUCUCUAUACUGCUUUUAAGAGCUCUUGGGUUAGACACAGUUAUUGAACCUUUUUUUGUAUCUGUCUUGUGUGAUAUUUCUUUCAUGUAAUUAGCAAGAGUCCAUGAGCUAGUGACGUAUGGGAUAUACAUUCGUACCAGGAGGGGCAAAGUUUCCCAAACCUCAAAAUGCCUAUAAAUACACCCCUCACCACACCCACAAUUCAGUUUUACAAACUUUGCCUCCCAUGGAGGUGGUGAAGUAAGUUUUUGCUAGAUUCUACGUUGAAAUGCGCUUCGCAGCAGGCUGAAGCCCGGUUUUCCUCUCAGAGUGCAGUGAAUGUCAGAGGGAUGUGAAGAGAGUAUUGCCUAUUUGAAUACAAUGGUCUUCCUCUAGGGGAUCUAUUUCAUAGGUUCUCUGUUAUCGGUCGUAGAGAUUUCUUCUCCUACCUCACUUUUCAGAUCGACUAUAUACUCUUAUAUACCAUUACCUCUACUGAUUCUCGUUUCAGUACUGGUUUGGCUAUCUACUAUAUGUAGAUGAGUGUCUUAGGGUAAGUAAGUCUUAUUUUAUUUAUGACACUCUAAGCUAUGGUUGGGCACUUUAUAUGUAAAGUUCUAAAUAUAUGUGUUUAAACUUAUAUUUGCCAUGAUUCAGGAUAAUCCGUAUUCCUUCAUUCAGACUGUCAGUUUCAUUAUUUGGGAUAAUGCAUAUGAAUAAAUAUUUUUUUCUUACCUUAAAAACUUUCAAUUGACUUUUUUCCCUGCGGGCUGUUAGGCUCGCGGGGGCUGAAAAUGCUUCAAUUUAUUGCGUCAUUCUUGGCGCGAACUUUUUUGGCGCAAAAUUUUGUCAUUUCCGGCGCCCUAGUUGACGCCGGAAGUUUGUUCGUGGUUGCGUCAUUUUUGACGUAUAUGUGUUAGGCGUUUUUUGCGCAAAAAAAUGUGGGCGUCGUUUUUUCGGCGUCAGAGGAUGUGGCGUCAUACUUGGCGCCAAAAAAUAUGGGCGUUGUUCUUGGCGCCAAUAAUGUGGGCGUCAUACUUGGCGCCAAAAAAUGUGGGCGUCAUUCUUGUCUCCACCUUUUUUCACAUUAUUUAAGUCUCACUUUUUCAUUGCUUCUGGUUGCUAGAGGCUUGUUUAUUUGGCAUUUUUUCCCAUUCCUGAAACUGUCAUUUAAGGAAUUUGAUAAUUUUGCUUUAUAUGUUGUUUUUUCUAUUACAUAUUGCAAGGUAUCUCAACCUGACCCUGGAUCAGAAUCUACUUCUGGAAAGACGCUGCCUGAUGCUGGUUCUACCAAAGUUAAGUGCAUUUGUUGUAAACUUUUGGUAUCUGUUCCUCCGGCUGUAGUUUGUGUUAGUUGUCAUGAUAAACUUUCUACGCAGAUAGUGUCUCCAUUAGUAAUAAUCCUUUAACUGUUGUUUUUCCUUCAACAUCUAAUGAUCAGGAUGUCCCUGUUAAUGUAAAAGAAUUUGUUUCUAAUUCUAUUAGGAAGGCUCUGUCUGUUAUUCCUCCUUCCAGUAAACGUAAAAGGUCUUUUAAAACUUCUCAUAUUUCAGAUGAAUUUUUAAGUGACUGCCAUCAUUCGGACUUAUCUGUUUCUGAUGAGGAUCUAUCUGGUUCAGAAGAUUCUGCCUCAGAUAUUGACACUGAUAAAUCUUCAUAUUUAUUUAAGAUGGAGUUUAUUCAUUCUUUACUUAAAGAAGUGUUGAUUGCAUUAGAUAUGGAGGAGUCUAGUCCUCUUGAUACUAAAUCUACUAAGCGUUUAAAUUCGUUUUUUAAACCGCAUGUAGUUAUUCCAGAAGUUUUUCCAGUUCCUGAUGCUAUUUCAGAAGUAAUUUCUAGGGAAUGGAAUAGUCUGGGUACUUCAUUUACUCCUUCUCCAAGGUUUAAGAAAUUAUACCCUGUGCCAUCUGAUAGAUUAGAAUUUUGGGACAAAAUCCCUAAAGUUGAUGGGGCUAUUUCUACUCUUGCUAAACGUACUACUAUUCCUACGGUGGAUAGUACUUCCUUAAGGAUCCUUUAGAUAGGAAGCUUGAAACCUUUCUAAGGAGAUCUUAUUUAUGUUCAGGUAAUCUUCUUAGAUCUGCUAUUUCUUUGGCUGAUGUUGCUGCAGCUUCCACUUUCUGUUUGGAGGCUUUAGCACAAGUGUCAGACCAUAAUGCUUAUAGCAUUGUUAAACUUCUUCAACAUGCUAAUAACUUUGUUUGUGAUGCCAUUUUUUAUAUCAUUAGAAUUGAUGUCAGGUAUAUGUCUUUAGCUAUUUUAGCUAGAAGAACUUUAUGGCUUAAAUCUUGGAAUGCAGAUAUGACUUCUAAGUCAACUUUGCUUUCUCUUUCUUUCCAAGGUAAUAAAUUAUUUGGUUCACAGUUGGAUUCUAUUAUUUCAACUAUUACUGGGGGGAAAGGAACCUUUUUGCCUCAGGACAAAAAAUCUAAAGUUAAAUACAGGGCUGCUAAUCGUUUUCGCUCCUUUCGUCAGAAUAAGGAACAGAAGCCUGACCCUUCCCCUAAAGGAACGGUUUCAGUUUGGAAACCUUCUCCAGUCUGGAAUAAAUCCAAGCCUUUUAGAAAGUCAAAACCAGCUCCCAAAUCCGCAUGAAGGUGCGGCCCUCAUUCCAGCACAGCUGGUAGGGGGCAGGUUACGAUUUUUCAAAGAUAUUUGGAUCAAUUCGAUUCAGUCUUUGGAUUCAGAACAUUGUUUCACAAGGGUACAGAAUAGGUUUCAAGGUAAGGCCGCCUGUGAGAAGAUUUUUUCUCUCACGGAUUCCAGUAAACACAGUGAAGGCUCAGGCUUUUCUGAAAUGUGUUUCAGACCUAGAGUUGGCUGGGGUAAUUGUGCCAGUUCCAGUUCUGGAACUGGGUCUGGGGUUUUACUCAAAUCUAUUCAUUGUACCAAAGAAGAAUUCCUUCAGACCAGUUCUGGAUCUAAAAAUAUUGAAUCGUUAUGUAAGGAUACCAAUAUUCAAAAUGGUGACUAUAAGGACUAUUCUGCCUUUUGUUCAGCAAGGGCAUUAUAUGUCUACAAUAGACUUACAGGAUGCAUAUCUUCCUAUUCCAAUUCAUCCAGAUCACUAUCAGUUCCUGAGAUUCUCUUUUCUAGACAAGCAUUACCAGUUUGUUGCCCUUCCGUUUGGCCUAGCAACAGCUCCAAGGAUCUUUUCAAAGGUUCUCAGUGCCCUUCUCUCUGUAAUCAGAGAACAGGGUAUUGCAGUAUUUCCUUAUUUGGACGAUAUCUUGGUACUUGCUCAGUCUUUACAUUCUGCAGAAUCUCAUACGAAUCAACUUGUGUUGUUUCUUCAGACAUGGUUGGAGGAACAAUUUACAGAAGAGUUCCUUGAUUCCUCAGACAAAGGUAACCUUUUUGGGUUUUCAAAUAGAUUCAGUGUCCAUGACUUUGUCUCUAACAGAAAAGAGACGUCUGAAGUUGGUUUCAGCUUGUUGAAUCCUUCAGUCUCAAUCAUUCCCUUCGGUAGCUUUGUGCAUGGAAAUUCUAGGUCUCAUGACUGCUGCAUCGGACGCGAUCCCCUUUGCUCGUUUUCACAUGAGACCUCUCCAGCUUUGUAUGCUGAACCAGUGGUGCAGGGAUUAUACAAAGAUAUCACAAUUAAUAUCCUUAAAUCCCAAUGUUCGAUCUUCUCUGAUUUGGUGGUUGAAUCACCAUUGUCUAAUUCAAGGGGCCUCUUUUGUUCGUCCAACUUGGACUGUGAUCUCAACAGAUGUGAGUCUUUCAGGUUGGGGAGCUGUAUGGGGAUCUCUGACAGCGCAGGGGGUUUGGGAAUUUUGGGAGGCGAAAUUGCCAAUCAACAUUUUGGAACUCUGUGCGAUUUUCAGAGCUCUUCAGUUCUGGCCUCUUCUGAAGAGAGAAUCGUUUGUUUUCAGACAAUGUCACAACCGUGGCGUAUGUCAAUCAUCAAGGUGGGACUCACAGUCCUCGGGCUAUGAAAGAAGUAUCUUGGAUACUUGUAUGGGCGGAAGCCAGCUCCUGUCUAAUCUCUGCGGUUCACAUCCCAGGUGUAGACAAUUGGGAAGCGGAUUAUCUGUCGCCAGGCGUUACAUCCGGGCGAAUGGUCUCUUCACCCAGAGGUUUUUCUUCAGAUUGUUCAAAUCUGGGGACUUCCAGAAAUAGAUCUGAUGGCCUCUCAUCUAAACAAGAAACUUCCCAGGUAUCUGUCCAGAUCCAGGGAUCCUCAGGCUGAAGCAGUGGACGCGUUGUCGCUUCCUUGGAAUUUUCAACCUGGUUAUAUCUUUCCGCCUCUAGUUCUUCUUCUAAAAGUGAUUUCCAAAAUUCUAAUGGAAAAUUCGUUUGUAUUGCUGGUGGCUUGAGCAUGGCCUCACAGGUUUUGGUAUGCAGAUCUCAUUCGGAUGGCAAGUUGCCAACCUUGGACACUUCCGUUAAGACCAGACCUAUCUCAAGGCCCAUUUUUCCAUCAGGAUCUCAAAUCAUUAAAUUUGAAGGUAUGGAGAUUGAACGCCUGAUUCUUAGUCAUAGAGGUUUUUCUGACUCGGUGAUUAAUACUAUGUUGCAGGCUCGUAAAUCUGUGUCUAGAAAGAUUUAUUACCGAGUCUGGAAGACUUUCAUUUCUUGGUGUUCUCAUAAAUUCUCUUGGCAUUCUUUUAGAAUUCCUAGAAUUUUGCAGUUUCUUCAGGAUGGUUUGGAUAAGGGUUUGUCUGCAAGCUCUUUGAAAGGUCAAAUCUCUGCUCUUUCUGUUCUUUUUCACAGAAAGAUUGCUAAUCAUCCUGAUAUUCGUUGUUUUGUACAGGCUUUGGUUCGCAUCAAGCCUGUCAUUAAGUCAAUCUCUCCUCCUUGGAGUCUUAAUUUGGUUUUGAGGGCUUUACAGGCUCCUCCGUUUGAGCCUGUGCAUUCUCUGGAUAUUAAAUUACUUUCUUGGAAAGUUUUGUUCCUUUUGGCCAUCUCUUCUGCUAGAAGAGUUUGAGUUAUCUGCUCUUUCUUGUGAAUCUCCUUUUCUGAUUUUUCAUCAGGAUAAGUCGGUAUUGCGGACUUCAUUUCAAUUUUUACCUAAGGUUGUGAAUUCUAACAACAUUAGUAGAGAGAUUGUUGUCCCUUCAUUGUGUCCUAAUCCUAAGAAUUCUAUGGAGAAAUCUUUACAUUCUUUGGAUUUUGUAAGAGCGUUGAAAUAUUAUGUUGAAGCUACUAAAGGUUUUAGAAAGACUUCUAGUCUAUUUGUUAUCUUUUCUGGUUCCAGGAAAGGUCAGAAGGCUUCUGCUAUUUCCUUGGCAUCUUGGUUAAAGUCCUUGAUCCAUCAUGCUUAUGUAGAGUCGGGUAAGUCCCCGCCUCAAAGGAUUACGGCUCAUUCUACUAGGUCAGUUUCUACUUCCUGGGCUUUUAGGAAUGAAGCUUCUGUUGAUCAAAUUUGCAAAGCAGCAACUUGGUCUUCUUUGCAUACUUUUACUAAAUUCUACCAUUUUGAUGUUUUCUCUUCUUCUGAAGCAGUUUUUGGUAGAAAAGUACUUCCGGCAGCUGUUUCAGUUUGAUUCUUCUGCUUAUAAUUUCAGUUUUUUUCCAUUGUGAGAUUAAAACUUUUUGAUUUGGGUUGUGGAUUAUUUUCUCAGCGGAAUUGGCUGUCUUUAUUUUAUCCCUCCCUCUCUAGUGACUCUUGCGUGGAAGUUCCACAUCUUGGGUAUCUGCUAUCCCAUACGUCACUAGCUCAUGGACUCUCGCUAAUUACAUGAAAGAAAACAUAAUUUAUGUAAGAACUUACCUGAUAAAUUCAUUUCUUUCAUAUUAGCAAGAGUCCAUGAGGCCCACACUUUUUUGUGGUGGUUAUGAUUUUUUUGUAUAAAGCACAAUUAUUCCAAUUCCUUAUUUUUAAUGCUUUCGCUCCUUUCUUAUCACCCCACUUCUUGGCUAUUUGUUAAACUGAAUUGUGGGUGUGUUGAGGGGUGUAUUUAUAGGCAUUUUGAGGUUUGGGAAACUUUGCCCCUCCUGGUAGGAAUGUAUAUCCCAUACGUCACUAGCUCAUGGACUCUUGCUAAUUAAUAUGAAAGAAAUGAAUUUAUCAGGUAAGUUCUUACAUAAAUUAUGUUUUUUUUUUCAUUCUCUUUGAAAGCCAAUAUCGAGAAAAUGUUAAUAUUGUACCAGAGGAAAGAAAUUAAAAUUUUUUGAAAAGCAAUUGUACCACUGUACAGCUAAUAAAUAAUAAUGGAUUAAGAUGA